CUCCGGGUGCUCCGGUUUCCCCCACAAGUCCAAAAGACAUGGGGCUUGAGCAUUGGGCUAACGGAAGGGUCACUUGGUGAUUUCCAAAAGUAUCAUAUAUGUUAUUAACCUAUUAAAAUGACCAUAUUUUAUCCAUAACCUGCAGAAGAUUAAAAUAGUCUUUAAGAGUUACAUAAAAAUAACAGGCAAAUAAAAAGCUAUCAACCUUUCAAUUCUUUUUCCGAUGGAUUGUGAUCCCUGGGUUUAUUACGCUAAUGACACAGCAAUAAUGUUAAUUGCUGCAGAGUGCCCACUAUUCUCAUUAAGUGAGGUUAAUAUUGAAUUAAGCAAAUUAAUAAUGACUGUAAAACAUUAUAUUGUUGUUAGACUGUUGCAUUUUUUAUCAAUAUGCUCAAUUAUAUAGUUCUUAUUUAUGUGUGCACCAUUGUGUACAAUGCUUGUAUGUUUAUAACCAUCUACGAGUGUAGUGGGGGUCACAAGUCAUUGGAAUUGUAAUUUUGGGGGUCACGAGCUGAAAAGUUUGGGAACCCCAGAAUUUGAUGUUAGGAAGCACCAACAUGGUGCAGCUAAAUAUCAACCUUGAAGUAAACAGCCCUGGGAGUAAGUUCAUCUAGAUUUGUAUACAAAUGUAAAUGGUACAUACAUACGACUUUCAUAAAACUUAGAUUUUAUUUAUUAUUGUAAUUAUUUUUGUACUUUUUAGUAAAUGGAAAAGUAAGCCUGAAUAGUGGCAGAUUUAUUAGUAUAUCAUCGUUUACCAUUUUAGAAAUUCUGAAAAAUAAUUUGAAAAUUAAUAUUUGAAAGAAAUUGUUGUCAAAAAGUGUUAGUAUAUAGUAUUAAACAAACAUGUUGUUAAACUAAAGAGACGUUUGCUCUCUAUAUAAAUAUAUACACAAAUAUUGUGUGCAUAAGUUAAAUAUUGACAUCGUGGUUCUACAAAAUAGCUAAGUUAUAGCUAUUGUAAGUGCACAUAUCUUGUUUCAACCCUAAGUGAAGAAAAUAAGUUAAGUAAUGUACACAAAUGUGUGAAUGCGUGAAAUCAUUUUUGACGACGCUUGCAGUUUACCAUGGUAUAUAUACUGAGUGAAGCUUAAAAUUACAACAGCUUCAACUUUGGACAACUAACAAAACUGUUAUCCCCUGUUAAAAGGUACGUUUGUUUCAGUUUUUUUGAAUUUUGAUUUCAUUUUAGCAUAGAAAUUCAAAUAAUGAAUAAAAAAUUGUCCUUUUUUGUGUGCAGGUUUAUUUUAAUUCUGACAUAAAGGAGAAAUCCAGUCUAAAGAGCGAUGGCAGCAAUAGUCACAGGGCUCAUCCCAAUUCUCCGCACUGCGGUGGACUCUACAGCCACCUAUAAAGGUCGCACCAUGUGGUUCGGCUUGCUCUGCAUCCGCCUAGUGACCGUCUUUUUGGCUCAAUUUCCAUGGAAAAGUAUAAGUGAGGAUUUCCACUGUAACAGCACCUUACCAUACUGCACUAAAGCUUGCUUCAAUAAACACUUUGACAGUUCUAUAGUGAUGGCUUGGCAUUUCAUCUUCAUCCUCCUUGUGCUCUCCGUCCUUCUCAUGGAGCUGUUUUCCUCCCAUCUUCGGUCUUCCUUCCAGAAGAAGAAGGAGAGAGAAAUGGCAUCUCAAAGCGAGCAGGGAGGUGUCACUGAUCCCACUGUAACUAUAGGCGGCAGGAUGAUGAUAGACCUCCACAAAAGCAAAAGCAGUGUGAUGGUUUAUCUGUUCUGUAUAAUGCUGAGGAUUGCGGUUGAGCUUUUGUUUGUGUAUGUCUUGCUUUCUUGGGUUCUACCUAAAUUAAAUGAAGAGCCACACAUUUGUGAAGCACAUACAUUUGAUGGUUGUUCAGUGCAGCAGUGCUUGGUUCGAGGAAUAGCUGAAAAGAAAAUGUCUGUAUAUGCUCUACUGUUUGCAUCUGCUUUGGUUAUUAUUACAAGCAGCUUGUUCUGUCUGUACUCAGUAGCCCACUACCUCUGUGAUUGUUAAACAAAGGAUCUUGGUGAACACAAACUUUAUUAAGUAGCAAUAAUGCAUAUGUACUUAAACAAUUACCUUUUUUAAUGCUUAAUUAUGGCUUGCUAUGUCUGAUAUGCAAUUAAUGCAAUAUGUUUUUAUUUAGUAUUAUUGGAUGUGUCAUCUGAAAUGUAUCUUUGCAAUAAACUACACUAAAAUAUUAAUAUUUCUUAUGUUUGCUAGUCAUUUUUUUUGACUUCUUUAUAUACACAGAUUUUUAAAUCAACAUACAUUUAUUUGAGAAACAACAGAAAACUGAGCAGACUUGCUUUCUGGAAGAUGAAUAAAAAUUAAGCAAGUUUAUGCUUAAAAUUAUUAAUAAAUAAAAUGGUUACUCCCAUUUCUUUAUUUUUAAUCUCUUUUUGUUACAGAUAUUUGGUUGAUGAGUUACUUAAUGUUGACCAAAAAAAUAAAUAAAAUAAAACCCUUAAACACUUUAUAUAAUUUGGCAUCUCGAGUUAAGUUUUACUGCAAAACAGGACAAAAUGCCUGGUAUAAUUUCCAUUGCAUAAACAAAAUGAGAAAUUGCAGCUUUUUGGCUUGGCUUGGUGUUUCUGUGUCUGCAUUUUUGUUGUUAUGGCUGGGUGAGAAUUCUCUCCAUAGUACUGUGUGAAUGC